UUAUUCUAUUUUGAUUUUUUUUAACUAGUUUUAAUUUAAUUUUAUAAUAUCAGCUUCAUAAGACUUUCACUACUCUGUGUUUCUGUUGUGUUUCUACUAACACAAAAUUGCUGACUGCUGACUAAAGCGUCUCCAGACGUCGCUGAAGGACCGCUGAGGAGGAAAAGAGCAGCGGAGCCAAACGAUCAGAGGCUGCAGCUCUAAUCCCGUCCAGAUUCAGGGAUCAGGGCUACAGCUCGUUGGACGAUUCCUGACAUUCCUGCAUAGCUGCUGAUUAAAGGAGGAAUCCUGGAGGAGGAGGAGGAGGAGGAGGAGGAGCCGGGCAGCGACGGGUUAACGUGGUGGGAUGGAAACGCUGGGAUGUGACCAGGAGGAGGGUUCAAAUACCUCCUGGCUGGAUCUGCCAACAGAACAGUUGCAGAGAAAACAGUCAGUCUGGAUCAGAGCAGAUGAAGCUGCUGCAGGAGGAACAACUCAGAUAUAUAUCAUAGAUUAUUGAUUAUUAAUUAUAGAUUAAUAAUUAUCAGUUUAGAGCUGCAGAAUCUGGACGGCAGAUCCUCAGGAAGCAGGUCUGAUUGGAUGCUGAAGACGAACUGAGCAGAAAUCCUCCAGCAGAGCUCAACAUGGCAGCUUCAGCGGCCCAGGACCUGGACGAGCGCUGCUUCCUGUCGGCCCAGUCCAUGCCCAGCCUGAAGGUGUCCCAACACUUCCAGGUGCUGAAGCUGCUGGGUGAAGGCUCCUAUGGGAAGGUGAUGCUGGCCGUCCACAGGAAGAGAGGAACGCCGAUGGCUCUGAAGUUCUUUCCUCGCCAGUCGACCUCUCUGACCUCCUUCCUCCGUGAAUACAACCUCUCUCUGUCCUUCUGCACUCAUCCUUCUCUAACCCGAGCUCUCGGCAUCUUCUUCUCCACGCCGACCUACUACGUGUUCGCUCAGCAGGCCGGGCUCUACGGAGACCUGUACGGCGUCGUCGUGUCCGAGGUGGGGCUGGACGAGGACCGGGUCCAGAGGGUGAUGUCUCAGCUCAGCGGCGCCGUCUCCCACCUCCACUCUCUGGGCUUCGUCCACCGGGACAUCAAACCGGAGAACGUCUUCCUGUGCGACGCCUCCUGCCGCUGGGUGAAGCUGGGGGACUUCGGCCUGACCCGGGCCGUCGGCACCACGGUCCGGGCCGUCUGGUACGAGUCGCCCUUCUGCACCCCGGAGGUGGAGACGGCCAAGGACGAGGAGGCGGAGGACACGUGGAUCACGGUGGAGACCAGCAUGGACAGCUGGGCCCUGGGGGUUCUGGUCUACUGCCUGCUGACCGGAUGCUUCCCCUGGGAGGAGAGCACCAGCAGCGACCGCAUGUACUGCAGAUACAGGGACUGGUUCUACCGGGAGCAGGACGUCCAGGAGGACCAGGAGCAGGACCAGGAGCAGGACGUGAGGAACAACCCUCCUCCCUCCCAGUUUGAAGGCCUCAGCCCUCUGGUCCUCACCCUGCUGAAGGAGCUCCUCCACCCAGAACCCAAACUCAGAGGACGUCCAGAGGAGGUCCUGAGCUACCUGGGAGGUCCGUGGCUGAUGGAGACGGAGCUGGAGGAGAGGAGGAGGGCCGAGGAGGCCGAGAAGGAGGCCCAGAAGAUGAGGGAGAGAGGAGGAGUGGAGGAGGAGGUGCUGAGGGAGGGCCGAGGAGAGCGAUGAUCUGGAUCAGCAGAACUCUAGAACCCACGAUUCAAGGUGCUGAACUCUCAUAUUUUACCAAUAUUUCCAUCGUUGUACAUAUUUCUGAGUGAGCGUGUUUUAAAGCCUAAAUAAUAAACAAUAAAAGAGAAGCGUGAUCAACCAGCUGUGUUCUAAUGAAGACAGAAAUCUGAAUAAAAUGCUGUGUUUACUUUAA